GACAGCAAAUGUUACUAUUUUGCUUUCUCACUUUCUUCCUAGCUAGCUAGAUAGAGAGCUUCACUUCACAUAGCCAAUUCAACACUGCCAUUGCUAUUGCCAUUGCAUUGGUUCAGUUUCCAUGGAGAGAGUUAUCAGAGGAAAGUAUAAAGUCGGUCGCAAAAUUGGUAGUGGAUCCUUCGGUGAAAUUUAUAUUGGGUCGCAUGUCGACACUUCUGAGAUUGUGGCCAUCAAGAUGGAGAACAAGAAAACUACACAUCCGCAGUUACUGUAUGAGGGCAAGUUAUAUAGUAUUCUUCAAGGAGGAUGUGGUAUUCCGAGAAUGAAAUGGUGUGGUACUGAUGGAGAUAACAAUGUUCUCGUUCUUGAACUUCUCGGACCGAAUCUUGAAGAUUUCUUAUGCUACUGUGGUGGGAAGUUUUCAUUAAAAACAGUUUUGAUGUUGGCUGAUCAGAUGCUUACUAGGACAGAGUAUUUGCAUUCCAAGGGAUUCUUGCAUAGAGAUAUGAAACCAGAUAACUUCCUUAUGGGUCUUGGGAGGAAAGCUAACCAGGUUAAUAUGAUUGAUUUUGGACUUGCAAAAGGAUAUAGGGACCCUAAUACAAACAAGCAUAUCCCUUACAGAGAGAACAAAAACUUAACAGGAACUGCACGCUAUGCAAGUUGCAAUACUCACCGAGGAAUUGAGCAAAGUCGUCGAGAUGAUUUGGAGUCUCUUGGCUAUGUUCUUAUGUAUUUUAUAAGAGGAAGCCUUCCUUGGCAGGGUCUACAAGCUGCCACCAAAAUGCAAAAAUUUGAAAAACUUUGUCAAACCAAGUUAUCAACUUCCAUUGAGGUACUUUGCAAGUCAUAUCCGAUGGAGUUUAGUUCUUACUUUCAUUAUUGUCGCUGUUUAAAAUUUGAUCAACGACCAGAUUAUGGAUUUUUGAAGGGCCUAUUUCGCGAUUUGUUCACCCGAAAAGGAUACAAGUCUGACUAUUUAUUUGACUGGACGAUUCUAAAAUUUCAGCAGACAAUGCUACAAAGUCAAUCAAAUGCUCCAAUUGCUAUCCUUAGUGAUCUUGACCAACUAGAUGUAGAUAAGCAUAAAGAAAAUUAUUCCAUUCAAAAUGCUGUAGAAAGACCAUCAGUCAAUUGUGAUCCUCCACGUGUUUGUAUGGAGAUAAGGGCACCUAACGUUCAAAAUAUUAAUCACAAGAUUCAGACUGUGAAUGUUGACUCAUCUAUUUCCAAAGUCUCUACAAAUAAUCUCUCAAAACCAAAAAGGCCCAUGGAAACCUCAAAAUUUGAUCAUGUAUCUGGCAAUAAAUCUAGUGCUCUUGAAAGUUUUGUUCCUUCACUGCGCCGAGUUUCAUCAUUCAAAUAGUCGAAACAAUAGACUGUCAUGGAAGAUGCCAUUUCAAUCUCUUCGAGCACGAGAGUUGUAAAAAGUGGAAAAUUAACAGGGUUGGACACAAUUGAAGAAUAAUGUAUGAUCUUAGUUGUUGAUUGAAAUCAUACAAGGACCAAGCUCGAGGUAAUUAGCUAUAGAGCUUAAUUGGGAGAGGAAAUAUGGAGGCUAUGAUGCCUAAGGGGAUUUGUGUUUUCUCUAUUAUAUUUAUCUAUGACGAAUCAAACAUGCAUGGAUGAGGCUUCUUUCAGUCACAUGUUGUUUUACUUUGAUGAAGACUCAAAUUUCGAUUUCUUGUCUAGUGUGCAAUUGAAUAUCUUUUUAUACUA